AUGCGUAACCCUGGUAGCACGGUGCUCUCGCAGCAAACAUCAUGUCUCAGCUCACCCGCAGGUCUCUCCAGCUCCACACUCCCACGUGUCACUGGCGGGUUCCCUGUGUCGAUCCGGUCUUGCACAAAUGUCUUGUACAUUAUCGGCCGCAUGCCAGUGCUGACGCGGCCGUCGCUGGCCCAAAGCAGCACUUUCUCCAUCCUUCAGCGAGGUAAUGCGCCAGCAAUUGGAAUUGUGUCCACACUCACUCGUCUCCAGGUCUAUUACGCCGAUCAACAGCAGCCUUUCCUCGCAUUCGUUUUCAGCAAUGCUGUAGUCUCUGCCUCUUAUGACGUGCAAAGCAUGCUUACUCGCCGACGUCACACUACCUGCGACACGCCAUGUCUGUUCCGAAAGCCCGUUGAGGUUCUGCGUAGCGUUGAACACAAAGACCCACGGCCACGACAGGAAUAUCGCGGCAUCGCCAGAGCGUACGGAAGUACUCAGCGCCGGGACGAGCAGUUGGAAAUCCAAUGA